AGUAGACGGCCGGACCACCCGCCGCCAGCCACACGCUGCCGGCUGCCCGCCACCCGCCGCCCGCCGGGGCUCUCUGGCCUCGCCAUGCCGCCGUGGAGCGCCGCCCUCGCGCUCAUCUUGGCGAUGCUCGUCCUGCUCUGCCUGCUCCGCCCGCGGCUCCGGAGCCCCUGGGGGCGCACCGUCGGAGAGAAAACCCUGCCGGGGGCCCAAAACCGAGAUGACGAGGAGGAGGCAGACGGCGGAGGCCCGGCGGACCAGUUCAGCGACGGGCGCGAGCCACUGCCGGGCGGGUGUAGCCUUGUCUGCAAGCCGUCGGCGCUGGCCCAGUGCCUGCUGCGCGCCCUGCGGCGCUCGGCGGCGCUGGAGCCAGGCCCGCGCUCCUGGCUCUCCGGGCCCCACCUGCAGACCCUCUGCCACUUCGUCCUGCCCGUGGCGCCCGGGCCUGAGCUCGCCCGGGAGUACCUGCAGUUGGCGGACGAUGGGCUGGUGGCCCUGGACUGGGUGGUGGGACCUUGUGUUCGGGGCCGCCGGAUCACCAGCGCCGGGGGCCUUCCCGCGGUGCUUCUGGUGAUCCCCAAUGCCUGGGGUCGCCUCACCCGCAACGUGCUUGGCCUCUGCUUGCUCGCCCUUGAGCGCGGCUACUACCCGGUUAUCUUCCAUCGCCGCGGCCACCACGGCUGCCCGCUGGUCAGCCCCCGGCUGCAGCCCUUCGGGGACCCGUCCGACCUCAAGGAGGCGGUCACUUACAUCCGCUUCCGACACCCGGCGGCGCCGCUGUUCUUGGUGAGCGAGGGCUCGGGCUCGGCGUUGCUACUGUCCUACUUGGGCGAGUGCGGCUCCUCUAGCUACGUGACAGGCGCCGCCUGCAUCUCUCCCGUGCUGCGCUGCCGCGAGUGGUUCGAGGCCGGCCUUCCCUGGCCCUACGAGCGGGGCUUUCUGCUCCACCAGAAGAUCGCCCUCAGCAGGUAUGCCACAGCCCUGGAGGACACCGUGGACACUAGCAGACUGUUCAGGAGCCGUUCCCUUCGAGAGUUUGAGGAGGCUCUCUUCUGCCACACCAAAAGCUUCCCCAUCAGCUGGGAUACCUACUGGGACCGCAACGACCCACUCCGGGAUGUGGAUGAGGCGGCCGUGCCUGUGCUGUGUAUCUGCAGUGCUGACGACCCCGUAUGUGGACCUCCAGACCACACUCUGACAACUGAACUCUUUCACAGCAACCCCUACUUCUUCCUCCUGCUCAGUCACCACGGAGGCCACUGUGGCUUCCUGCGUCAGGAGCCCUUGCCAGCCUGGAGCCAUGAGGUCAUCUUGGAGUCCUUUCGGGCCUUGACUGAGUUCUUCCGAACAGAGGAGAGGAUGAAAGGGCUGAGUAGGCGCAGAGCUUCCUUUCUUGGGGGCCGCCGUCGCGGGGGAGCCUUGCAGAGGCGGGAAGCCUCUUCCUCCUCCAACCUGGAGGAGAUCUUUAGCUGGAAGCGAUCAUACACAAGGUGAGAGACCUGGCCGGAGAACCCAUAAGUCCUGCAAAGAAAAACAGCUGGGCAAGCGGGGAGUCCUGGAAAGAUGAGGCAGACUGAAUGGAGGGAGCGCCAGCUCUUUUCUCCUCAUUCAGUCCUUCUCUCCUAAACCGGUGCCUGGAAAGAGAUGGGACAUCCAGCGAACCUGCGCUCACUUCACCCUCAGUAGAACUCCCGUCUGGGCUUGCUCAACACAUCCCUACUCAUCUGGUCAUCAGUGGGGUGUUCCCGUACUGUCUCCUGUCACUGACAUCACAAGCCAAAGGACAGCACUGUUUCAGGCCAUGGACUCAGGAGAAAAUGUCCUCUUACCGGCAGUGGCUAGAGGGAUGAAGCAUUUAUGUUGUCAUAAGGCAGUGACCCCGAUUCUCAAGCUGGAGCCACUCGAUGUCAUUAGGACAGGAUGUUUGUGUCUCAGCCCCACUUCCCUCAUUUGCUGUGUGGUUGUGGCACUCUGCUCUGACUGAAUGUUCAGCAAUUGCAGAAGCAGGCUCGCGUGUGUGAGAAGGGCGGCAGAGGCAGUGGGGCUUGCUCGGUGAGGGCUGAGCAGGUAGAGAAUGUGAAUGCCCAUCUCAAGGAAUGCGAAGGUCCAAUCUCUCAGAGGAGUUCUGCAAGUCUCAGCUGAGAAUGGGGCUCCAUUCUACAAGUCUCAGCUGGGAAUGGGGCUCCAUUCUGCAAGUCUCAGCUGGGAAUGGGGCUCCAUUCUGCAAGUCUCAGCUGGGAAUGGGGCUCCAUUCUAUAAGUCUCAGCUGAUUUGGGCCCUCUAGCCUCCCCGGAGAGGUCCCAAGGGUAUUUUAGAACGAGGAAGUGCUCCCAUGCAGGGUUGGAGAGCUUUACUAGACCGUGGUUCAAGGAGUCGGAAUCUUGGCCACCCUACAUGCUCCCUCUGGCACCAUUUCAGGGCGUGACUCCAGAGAGCUGCAGCCAGAGCUGUUCAUCUCCUGAGAUGUGGACUUUCUCCAAGUAAGUGAAAAGUACAAACUCGUAACUUCAGUGUUUUCUGCUUAGUUGCUCCGUUUUCUGAAGCUGCUACUGGCCUCUCCCCUUUCCAGAGCCAGGAGACACAUGUGGGACCAGAGGAAACAACACCAAGAGGUUGACUAGAGCUGACCAGUGAUUUAUGAGUAUUUCAUAUUACCAUGCCUGGUCUGUUCAAUUAUUCAUAAAGCCAUCUCUGUAAAGGCAGAAAAGCUUCCUCUUAGAUCUGGCCACUCAGCAGCUAAGUGGGUAUUUGGUUUUAUGAGGAAUAAUGCCGAAAACUAGAGAUACAGUAUAUCAGAGAUAAGACAUACAGGUUGAUCUAAAUAUUCCUGGUUUGGAUUAGGCCAUUAAAAUUUUUUGGCAAUAGGACAUGUUUCCAUGUGUUACUAAGGUUCAAAACCCUUGCCCAAAGUUUUAUUUUAAUUGUCAUUGAGAAAGAGGGCUCCUGUUCUGACCUCACAACAGCAAAGCAGUUGUAAAGAAGAGAGCUGUUUAUACCAAAGACUUUCACAUCCCAAGACUUGGUAUAAGGUAUUCCUGAGGCCAUGAUUUCAGGUUUGGAUAAUCUUGCCCCAGCCUUGUUCUUCUAGAUAAAAUCAGAAGAAACUCUGAAAUAACUCCAAGAAUCUGUACUGAAAUGUAGACGGCACUUGAUUGUCUAAGACACAUUAUCCUGUUGUGAAAAAUUCUCUCUCUCCUCCCCACUUCUUGUUUAUCUUCCUCCACAUUCCUCGUCUGGCGUUCUUUUGCCAUUUCUAAGCAAGAGAAAUAAAAAGGAACUGAAAUU